AUGCCGUCGCCUCAGACAGUGGCCUCUGGGCCGGAGCUGCACAACCCCAGGGAGCCUGUGGUACCCCAGAUCCCAGCUCAGGGCACUCGGAAGGCAAGCAGCGAGGAUGCGUCCAGCGCCCAUCGUGAGGGCUUGAGGCCUGGCCUGGGCACCCUUCGGCGGGCCUUCUCAAAGGCAAGCCAGUGGGCUUCGGGCUGCGCCCCCCAGGAGGACCCAGGCCUGCUCAGGCGCAGCUCCCGCCUCUUGUUCCGGUCUUUACGGCGUGCUCGGGACGAGGGCCCAGCUGCUGACCAGACCCAGGCUGCCACUGGGCCAGGGGUGGCCCAUGGCCGGGAGGCGCCCUCAAGGGCCGUGGACGGUGUCAGCCUGCAGUCAUCCACUGGGGCAGGGCCUGCGGAACUAGAAGGUGAGGACAAAUCUGUGGCUGACCUCAUCACGGAGCGGAAACUGCUGGCGGCCUUCGAGCAGCUGCGGCACCUCGAGACUCGGCUAGUGGCCGAGAAAGCCUCGCGCACCUUCGAGCAGGACCCCACGGGCUUUGCGCGGCGCGCCAUGGACCUGUGCCUGCACUACGACGGGCUGGCUGCAGAGAUCGGCGCCAUCGUGCUCGAGACCCUGGGCCCAGACGGCGUGGACGCGGCCGUGCUCGCGGAGCUGGCCCGCGUGGUGCGUGCGGAAGAGGAGGCCCACCCAGAGCCCCCUGCAGACGGUGACUUUCUGUGCACGCCGCGCCACUGGCGCCAGCACUGGGAGGACGCGGUGCGCCGGAGCGCGCGGGAGCGUGUGCAGCAGGUGAGCGCGGGGGAGGCCCCGGGGUCCGGCUUGGCCCAGCUUCUGGACGAGCUCGGCCGCUUGGUUCGCCACGACCUGCAGAAGGUGCAGCUGGAGGUGCACCCGGCUUACGCGGCCGCCGGCUAUCCCGCGUGGGAGGCCUACCUGCGCGCCUUCCACGGCGCAGUGGCCCAGCGCCUCCAGGAGCUGGCGCACGACACCCACGGCUGCGAGCAGCUCUACAUCCUGCUGGACUGGGCCUCCAAUGUCUACAGCAGUCCUGAUUUCCUGGGCUCCCAGGACCUGGCUCUGCCCUCGGAGCCGCUGCCCCCACUCCUGGCACCCGAUGUGUGGGCCCGACUCGAGAGCGACUACGCCAGCUUCCUGGAGGUAAGGGCCACGAGGGGCCAGGCCGGAGGGGGCGGGGUCCAGGUUGAGUGUGGCCGCUGCCGCCCCACUGCAGGGAGGCUCCGUGCCCUCAGGCGUGGGCCUGUGCACCAGCAGGGUGGCCCCUGUCUCCAAGGGCGCGUGACGGGGCUCUGGGCUCAGGAGGUAGGGGACCUCCUUCCUGGGAGGGUCUCACCGCGGCCCCUUCCUUACCCCGCACAGACCAAGAUCGCGAGCUGCUUCGAUGGCAUCCUGCAGGUAGAACAGAGUCGCUGGGUGGCUGCCGAGGCCCCCGACGUGCUGCAGGGCCACUACCGUACGCCGCUGUCCGUCGACGUACACAUGCUCGUGGCACAGCACGUGAAGGCAGCCGGCGUCAUCUCCGCGGAGCUGGAGGCCACCACCUUGCAGAUCUGCACGCGGGCCCUUGGCCUCUUCCUGCCCAGGUUUGAAAAGGCUUUCCUGGAGUCGGGGGCGGUGAGCGAGCCUAACCUGUGCGCCAACAUCAAUGCUUGCGAGGAGUUCAGAACUCAUCUUCUGGCCAGGUUCCCAGGAAGCCUUGAAGAGCUGGAGAAGCCCCUGGUGGCUGCCACCUGCGCCUUUCAGAAGCAGCUGCUCCAGGGCUUUCAGGGUGAUGUGCAGCCGCUCUUCAAGGUCCUGUGCACCAAGGCCUGGCUGACACAGGACGUGCUGCAGCCCCUCCUGGACAAGGUGGUGGCAUUCGCCGGCCACCUUGAGCAUGUGGUCCCGCCCCGGGCGCAGGUAUGGGAGGAGCGAGCUGUGGUGGGGGCAUGCCCAGGGCCCCUACUGUUGACCCUGACCCAGACCCCCGCUUUGGCCGCCCAGGAGACUCUGCAGGAGGUACACCGUUACGUCGUCCGCGAGUACCUGGUGCAGGCGCUGAGGCCCCGCGAGCGGUUCCGGGGUGUGGAGCGCGUGAGUGGCUCCCAGAAGAUGAGCCUGGACGCCCAGGCCAUUGGCAACACCUUCCAGGACCUGGGCUCUGAGGCCACUUGGUUGGGCCGAGCUAUCCCGUGCGUGGCGGACAUACUGGGCGAGACUUACAAAGACGACAUCCGGCGGCACCUGGAGACACUCAUCCGGAGCUACCCCGACAUCAGGCGGGACCACGUGCUGGCCAUUCUAGCGCUGCGCCGACUGGGCCACCGUCGGAACCAGCACCUCCUGACGCAUGCCCAGGACCUGCUGAGGGCCGUGGCCAAGGCAGGGGGCCCCGGCGCUGCUGAGGGCCACGUGCUCUUCGAGGAGAUCGAGGUGCCCACCUCCAUGGAUGUGCUAGUCACCUGCAUCUAGUGCUCCUGGGCCUGAGAGGGGCCGACCCCAGGUGGAGGGUUGGCCAUCUUCCCCAGGCACUGAGCCCCAAGUCA